UCCACACUACAAGACUGAAAAUAUAACAACAUGUAUCUUCCCAGUUUUGCUUCCAUGGCGGAAGGCAACAGAUGAUGAGUUGAUGAAGAAAAUCAAUCAACUGGAGAACAUGACCAGUGAGGUGGAGAAGACAAAACAAGAGCUAGAGAACAAGAACAAACUCCUCCAGGAGAGAGAGACAGAGCUAGAUAACAUGACUAAACGAGAGAAGGAUAGAGAGGGACUAGAGGACAAGAACAAAGAGGUGGAAAAGACAAAACAACAACUAGAGGACAAGAACACAGAGAUGAUCCAGAUCUUCCUCACAUCAGGAGAAGAAACAGUAGGGAUGGGGAUUAUCCAAACUAUUGUGUGUGUUGCAGUGGGAGGAGAGAGUCCUGGUCCAGCGCCCCCAGUGUCUCCUGCUGUGUCUGAGCUGAGGCUGGUGCUGCUGGGGGGGAGCACAGCUGGGAAGAGGGCAGCAGGAAACACCAUCCUGGGCACAGAGGAGUUUGGGAGGCCGGCCAGCACACACACACUCACACACACAUCCACAGAGACCCAGCACAGUGAGAGCAGACAGGGGGAGGUGGCUGGGAGACGGGUGACCGUGGUGGAAACUCCAGACUGGUUCUGCAGUGGACUCUCUGAGAAGGACCUGAGACAGGACGUGGGGCUCUGUGUCCGUCUGUCUACCCCAGGACCUCACGCCUUCCUCCUGGUGAUUCCAGAGGAGCCGUCUGAAGGAGAGGAGAGGAGGAUGCUGGAGAAAAUGGAGGAUAUGUUUGGGGAGGGCUGUUGGGGACACACACUGAUCCUCUUCACCCAUGCUGAGGGGAUGAGAGAGAGGAGUGUGGAGGAGUUGCUCCAGACAGGGAGCCAGGAGCUCCAGCAGCUGGUAGAGAAAUGUGGGAACAGGUGUCACCUUCUCAACGUUAAGGACAGGCCUGACGACACUAAGAUCACACAGCUGCUAGAGAAGAUAGAAGAGAUGGUGUCAGGAAACAGAGAGAGAUUCUACAGCAGUCAGACCUACCAAGAGGCAGAGAAACAGCUCAGAGAGAUAGAGAGAAGGAUACAGAAAGAACGAGAGGUGGAGGAGAGGAAACUGAUGGAGGAGAGAGAGAGAAGAAAGGAACUUGAUAAAAAUGUUCAGGAGUCUCUGAAGAUGAUGGAGGGAGAGAUUCAACAGCAUGAAGGAGAAAUUAGAAUAUUAAAUGAAAGAACAACAGAACUGGAGAAAAAUAUGAAAGAAGAGAGGGAUGAAGAGAAGAAGAGGGAGAUGGAGAGAGAGUUAAAGAGAGAGAUUACACAGAAAGAGGAGAUGGAAAGAAAGCUGAUCAGAGUGAGAGAAAAGAGAGAAAGGGAGAGGAAAGAGAUGGAGGAGAGACACAGAGAGGAGAUGGAGGAGAUGAGAGAGAGCUAUGAGAGAGAGGCCAGGACUGAAGCAGAGAGAAACCUCAUGAAGAUCAUCCUGCCUGAACUACAGAGAAACAUCAGCAUCACCAAGGAGAAGAUGAAGGGAGAGUUCAACAGACAGAUGGAGGAGAAGAACAGAAGGAUGGAGGAGAAGAACAGGGAGAUUGAGGGACUGGUGGACACUGUACAGAAACUCAGUCGUUUGGUGGAGGAGGCUGACGAGCAGAGAUCACUUCAGAGUUGAGAGAUGGAGGAGGGGGAGAAAUAAAACAGAGAUGUUUGCUGAUACACUAAUAGAAUGGUUGGGACUUGGGACACAUUAUGUCAUCUCAAGCCUGGACUCAAAGCUGAGUUUAGAGACUAGGUUCUCAACAGUGAAGGCUUUGGGAAUGGUUGGGACUUGGGACAAACUCUGCUGCUGACUUGGCCAUUGAGUUACUCAUCUUAUGAGUGGGCUGAACAGAAGCACAUGAUCAGAGAGCAGGAGCAUGUUUAUGGAGAACUUCAAAAGCCUCAGCAACUGAAUGCUGAUUCUCCAAGGACAUAUAAUAAAGAUUAAUGAACUUUCUGUUUGACAUAUUGCCUGCUGUUAUACACAGGCAGCACAUAGAAUGUACAUAUUAAACUGUUUGUACAUACUGUA